UGAUGCAGUGCGGCGCCGCUGCUGAGUGAGAUGACCUCUGUGACAGAUGAGUGAGCUGGUGUUGUGGUAGUGAAGCUGGAUCUGUGCAGUUGCUAGGAUGGCAGCAGAUGUCCACAACAAAGGAGUGACCUGGGAUGCUCCAAAUGGCAGCCUGGUACCUGUGGACCGCCUCCGCAGUGAGCGCUCAGACAGCCCGACUCCAGGGCUGGUUCAGGGCACAGAGCCAGGUGCGGGUCAGGAGCACGCCAUGUUCAUGCACGCUCAGUCGUUUGAGGACCUGGCGGCUGAGAGUGAGAGUAACCCGGACUCUGAUCAGGCAGAAGACCAGUCUGUCCUCGGGGAGUCACAGGAGGCUUCUGAGAAGGAGGGGGAGGAGGAGGAGCAGAGAGGAGGCGCAGAGCCUGAGGAGGAGCAGAAAGAUCAGCCGGAGGAGAAUCAGAAGCAGCAUCAGAAGCAGAAGCAGGAGGUGCAGACCGGCGUUCGGGGGAAGGAGGAGGACGUCACCAGUGAAGCCUGGCGGAGACACAGGAAGCAUGUGUUUGUCCUGAGCGAAGCAGGAAAACCCAUCUACACUCGCUACGGCACCGAGGAGGCCCUCUCCACCACCAUGGGGGUCAUGAUGGCCCUCGUGUCCUUCGUGGAGGCGGAGAAGAACAUCAUACGAGCCAUUCAUGCAGAUGGUUGUCGUGUGGUCUUCCUCCACAAGAGCCCCCUGGUCCUGGUGGGUGUGUCCCAGUCGAGCCAAUCAGAUCGCGAGCUCUCCCGUGAGCUUCAGUACGUCUACUAUCAAAUCGUGAGUCUGCUGACGCUGACGCAGCUCAACCACGUCUUCCAGCACAAGCAGAACUACGACCUGCGGCGGCUGCUGGCCGGAUCCGAGCACCUCACCGACAGCUUGCUGCGGCUGCUGGACCGCGACCCGGGGCUGCUGCUCAACGCCGUCAUGAGCCUCCCUCUCUCCAGCUCGGCGAGGGACGUGGUCUCUACCAGCCUCCAGGCGGCCAAGGCCAAGAGCCUGGUCUUCUCCAUCCUGCUGGCCGGGAACCGCCUGGUCACGCUGGUCAGGAAGAAGGACCAGUACCUCCACCACAUGGACCUGCAUUUGCUCUUCAACCUGGUGGGCUCGUCCUCGUCCUUUAGGGAAGGUGAAGGCUGGACGCCCAUCUGCCUCCCCAAGUUUAACACGGCGGGCUUUUUUCAUGCCCACAUCUCCUAUCUGGAGCCCAAGUCUGACCUCUGUCUGAUCUUGGUGUCCACAGACCGCGAGGAUUUCUUCAACCUGUCUGAUUGCAAGCGCCGCUUUCUGGAGAGGCUUCGCAAGCGCAGUGCCUAUCAGGCCCUGCAGGAGGCGCUGCAGACCCCCACGUACCCCGUCUCACAAGUGGGCAUCCCUGAGCUCUGGCACUUUGUGUACAAGUCCAAAAGCUCAGGGCUUUACACCAGUCCGGAGCUUCCUGUUCCGUACCAGAAGGAAGAGGAGCACGAGAGGCUGAUAGGACUGUACCGUUACCUCCACAGCUGCCUGCACCACCCGACCCGCCCCCUCCGCUCGGUGUACCGCUGCGGAGACACCGAAAACCUGUUCGCCUGGGCCACCAGCGGCUUCGAGCUCUACCUCUGUUUCAGUCCACUGGGUACGAAAGCUCUGGCCAUGUCCGCCAUCAACAAACUGCUGAAGUGGAUCAGGAAGGAGGAGGAUCGCCUGUUUAUUUUAAACCCAGUAACAUACUGAUCACGCACUGGAACACGCUACAGCUGGAGCAGGAGUGAUUCCUGAUCAUAAUUACAGCUCUAACCCACAGGAACCAUGCUGGACCCACUGACCGCUCUGUAUAGCCAAGAACAACCAGCAAAAACCUCACCAGGCUUUUCUUAACCUGUUCAUACUGGAUGCACAGUUCAUACUGGAGGAGAGCGAUGCUAGCUGAAGGAGAGAAGAUCCAAAAUGUUUGAGCACAAACACUAACAAAUACUUUUAAAAAGGAGCUCUAUAUGUAAUAUCAUCUCUAAAACACCAUAGCUUAACAUAACACCAUUUAAAAUAGUAGAUUGUGUUUACAUUGUGUGAAAAUUUUCUGAAUUAAUUAUCUGAAUCAAUAAGAAUGCUCUAAUCCAAAUUAAUCCAAAUUAAUGUUUCCUAAUCCAAACGUUUGCAGACACCUGGCUAUCCAGCUUUUCUUCUAUAAUCAGGUGUAUUAUUAGUGAGUUUACUUACGCUGGUUCUUUAAUUUUUAAAAGAAUCUAAAUGUUAGAAUAUUGCAGUAAAGAAUGGAUUUGAUUGCACUCCGCCUCUCAGUUCAGCCACUCUGUCCAACUGUCUAGGUGUUUUAGGAUGGAGCUCCAUCAUUCCAGAAAAGAUGGUGUACCUUGUGGGGGGAAAAUGUGAUAUUUCACUAUAAGCAGCUCUGAUAAAAAAUAAGAGACUACUUCAAAAUUAAAAAUAUAUUUUUUUUUAUUUAAAAAAAUGGAAAACCUCUGGAACAUAAUUAAGAGGAAGAUGGAACUGCUUGAAUUUUUGCACCAGGAGUGAGUAGCAUAAAGUUAUCCAAAAGCAGCGUGUAAGAUUGGUGGAGGAGAACAGGCCAAGUUUGCCGUACUUUGAUAGUUGAUACUUAUCACCAAAUAUGGAUAUAUAUAUAUAUUCACAUGCCUAAUCAUCAAAAGUAAAACUUCUCUUUUUUUUUUUUUUGCCAUUUCGGUCGAAAAUAAUUUCUGUUGUUAAAUUUUUCGAAAGUGCAAAUACUGAUACCCUAGCAAUGCUAACCCUGUUCACUAACUGUGCAAUCAAUCAUAGCCUAUAGGUAGGCCUGUCACAAUAAUUACAAUAUCGAUUUAUUGUACAAUUAAUACUGUAAUAAAUAAUCUCAAUAUUUUUUGAUAAUCGUGGUAUCUAUUGUGCCUAUUAUGUUUAUUUGUAUGUUUGUUCACGCAUAUAACAGCUUCAAUAACUCUUUCUGUCUUUAAAAAGUGUAUAAUUACUUUUUUAUGCUAUUCUGUUAUCAUUAUGUCAGUGGCAUUUAAUAGUCUUAAAAUUACAUGAAAUACAUAAAAUAUUGAGUAUCGCAAUAAUUUCUGGGACAAUAUAUCGUCCACAAAAAAUUCUUAUUGUGACAGGCCUAUCUAUAGAACAUAAAGAGUGUGACAUAUGUUGCUUUGAUUCAUCCUAAAACACUAAUUUGUAGUGAACUCCAAAGUAUUUAUCUGACUUUUUUUUAUUUUUUAAUGCUUUGAAAUCAUGUUUAGCAAUUAUCAGUUUAUUAGCAGUUUAACUAUAUGUUUAACUAAAAAAAUGAAUCCAAAUUUGGGUAUGAAGUUAAUCCAAUCUGAGAAAUCUGACUUAAUAGCGAAAUGUAACGCAGAAUAAGCAGCUUAACACAAAGUUAGAAUGCUUUUUAGGAUGUUGAUUAUGUUGCAUUUUGUAUGAGAAUGGAAAUAGUGUAUAAUACAAUCCAAGGAUGGUGCCUUUUAUCCAGUUUGCUCUAAAAAAAAAAAAAAAAAAAGCCAUGGUCAUGAAAUUAAUAGGCAAAAUCACCAUUUUCAGCAUAUUCUGUUUGUGGCUCCAACAGGUAGUCACAAGAAAACGUGAACUGCUGCAUUAAGUUAGAUCUUUUGAAGUUCUUUUGAAGUGUCUUAGACCUGCCACUGUUUUGACCUAAUGUAACAUAUCAGAAACAACAUUCUUAAUUCUUAUAUUAAUAAAAAAAACUCCUACUAUAUUAACUGAGCUGCGGUUGAAGAGAAAUUAUCCAGGAAAGGGAUAUUUUACUAAGAUUAUGGAUUAAAUCAUUAUGUUUGAGUUUUAUGUCUUCGAUAGUGAAUUCCAGAACUAUUAAAUUUAGCUCUAAUAGCUCCAUGUCUGCAGAAGAUCUAAAAUCAGACAAUAUCUUGAGCAUUAGUCGCUAACCGUGCUAAGCGCUAACUCUUUCGCUGUUUAGAGGUGAGUGUUAUCAGACUGCAGCCUGCUGCUGACCCCACCUAGAACUGCAGGAGCAGCAUUAGCAUUAACCGCUAACCACGCUAAAUGCCAGCUCUUUUGUCAUUCAGAGCUCAGUGUUAUCAGACUGUAGCCAGCUGCUAACCCUGGCUAGCACUGCUUGAGCAGCAUUAGCAUUAGUCGCUAACCAAGCUAAGCGCUAGGUCUUUCGCUGUGCAGAAGCAAGUAUUAUUGGCUGCAAUCUGCUGCUAAACUAGACUAGCACUGCUGGAGCAGCAUUAGAAUUAGCCGCUAAUCACACUAAACCCUAGCACUUUUGCCAUUCAGAGGCAAGUAUACUGGACUGUAGCCUGUGCGUUUACCGUGUUAAAACAAGCUACCUGGGACAAACUUCUAGCUAAUAUUGCCCUGGGUUACCAGAACAUUCAGGGUUCCUCAGUGUAGCGCCAAUCAUGGCAAGCGGUUACCCGCUGAAGCUAAUGCUAAUGCUGCUGCACCCAGCCUUAGUGGAAAUCUGGAAAUCUAUACUGUAAAUAAACGGAAGCUCUUUACUCACCCAAAUAACAUUUUUUCAGGAGAACUAAAACAAUUUUUUUUAUUACAGUUUUGUUUACAGUUUUGUGCUUUCACAUUAGAAGGGAAACAUUUUUCACUUCAAUGUAGGCAUCCUUACUAGUGUCGCUUAAUGCGAUUUAUAAUCUGGUGCGCCUUAUGAUCCCAAAAUUACGGUGCUGCCUAUUAAUCAAUGCUUCUCAAGUUCCAUUCUGUGGAUUUCUUUACUGUGUUGCAGAGAUUAUACAGAUUAUUCACAGUUUGAAUUAUAUAUAAUAUUUCAACUAAUUAUUAUUUCAGACUAGUUAAGGCUAGUUAUUGAACAGUAAACAUUUUAAUCCUGAAUAAUGAAUUGUAAUUAAUUAGGGCAUAGUUAAAAAAGCUGUAAUUAUGAGUAAUGUCUUACCUACUGUCAGUUCAUAAUGUUUUUUGUACUGUUAAUUGAUGUACCCUUAUUGCAAAGUGUUACUGCUUUACUAAUGAGUUUAUGUGCAUCUUUUAUAGCAUUAUAAUCUCAUUAUAGGGGCAUUAAACAUUCUACAAAGUAGGAUCUGAGAAGCAUUGAUUUAUUGGUAGGACUGUACUUUUUCUUUUUUUAUUCUUCUUUUUUUUACAUUCCUUUGAGUUGUUGGACUAGUCUUUCCUUUUUCUGACAGAAUGGAUCCAUACUCUUGUCUUGGACCAAGGAAUUUAUGUCUCAUGCUAAUGUUUUGUUUGGAAUUUAGUUAAUUAAUUAAUGCCUUUAUAAAGUGAUCAUGUAAUACACAUUUUUUUUUUUUACACCAAAUGUUCAUCAUCAACAAAAACUUGAGACUUGCUCCUUGAGAUACAAGGCUAAUGAAGCUAGCUAACAAGUUACAUAUAAAUAUAACCCACCAGUUAGCAUGGUGCUAACUCCUUAACUUCUUCUUCUAAAUUAUCACACAUUUGCCUUGAUCCAUUAAAACCAAACCAUGUUGUACAAUGAAUCUUGGCAUGGCUGUUGAUGACUUAAUGACAUUUGAGGAGGGAUAUAUUAGUUCAAAAUGGAUUUUCUUUUUCAUGGAACUGUCACAUUAAUAUCAUAAUAUGCUUAAACCACACUCACACAUUCCAUCCAAUGAAGGGUUGUAGAGAUUUCACUGUGCGCUUGGGCUCUGACUGUCUACAGCCUUGACUUUCGUAUCGUAACACAGUCAGUAUCACAGAGCUGGAUUAUAGAAGGAGCCCAAGUGAAUCCUCAUGUAUUACUGACCAAAACUAGAUCAUGUAAUGAUGUAUGAUAUAUAAAUUAACAGCAUAUAUUCAAAAUAAUAAAAGCCUAUUUAAAUACA